AAAAACAAAAAAUCCCAUAGAGAGAAUACUUAAAAAGAGAAGAGGGGAAUUGAAAGAUUAUCUUUUAAAUCUGUUGAUGGCGAGCAGCAAAAGCUAUCACUCCAGACCCAACUGCCGAUUCCUGUCGAGCGAUCAACAACUACAAGCGGCGCUGAGUCACGACUCGGCGGCAUUCGAGUUAGACGAGUGGGAUAUUUACAACAACGGUGUCUCCACUCGUCCCGCAUCGCCUGAGUUUCGGUCCACAAGUCGAGUGGCGAAGAAGCCUUCGACGAAGCGCGGAGGAGGGGAUUCUGUUAUCGGGGGGGCGCCGGCGUCGCUUCCGGUCAGCAUUCCGGACUGGUCGAAGAUUUUGAAGGAAGAGUACCGUGACAAUCGGAGGAGAUCAGAGAGCGAAGAAAAUGACGUGGAAGGAGAUUAUUGGUCGGAAGGAGGUGUUCGGGUUCCGCCUCACGAGUUUCUAGCGAAGCAAAUGGCGUUGACUAGGAUCGCACCCUUCUCGGUUCACGAAGGGAUCGGGAGGACUUUGAAAGGAAGAGAUCUGAGGAGGGUCAGAAAUGCAAUUUUUGAAAAAACAGGAUUCCAAGAUUAAACUAACAGGGAGUGAGAAAUUUUAGAAUCAUCAUAUUUUUAUUUUUAUUAAAAAACAUGUCCUUUUUUAAUAUAUUUUCCUAAAAGUUUUUCUCCCUUUUUCCCUUUACGAUAUGAUCAAGAGGAUCAUUUCCACUAGUGUACUUCUAACUUGGAGAUAUUCCAGAGAAAUUUACCAAAUUCAUCAUAUAUUUCAGGCAGUGUUCUUUCUUUUUCCUUUUUAAUUUUAAUCUAUGAAAUUGAAAAAAAUGCAUGGUCUGAGGCUUUGAUGGGACUUUGGUAAUAAAUGGGAGAGAUGGGCCGUCGGAAUUAAAUAAUUGGUGGGGUUGUUGAAG